GAAGAGUUUGGCGUGCAAGCACAUGAAAACGACGAUAAACACCGCAAAUCAAUUAUCAAAAGGCUGAGCGAAAAUGCCAGCAACAAACAACCUUUUUAUACUAAACUGACUUUUUAUCUUUCGUCUUUCCAAGAUAGCUCUCUUUGUCACAAGACUUUUCAAUUAAUACGCGUUGCUUAUUAUACAACAAAUCGUUGGCUUGCAUUCCUUGCACACUUGAGCAUGAUGUUUUUCAUAUGGAAUUCGUUACUUAUGGUUAUUGGCUGUGUUUCAACGGUUCAAAUGGCGAUUGGAUUUGGAUUUGAAGUGAUGAAAAUUACGAAUCCACGCAGUGAUAAUCAAACAGCACAAAUUGCGGAAGAACCUCGAAGUCCAAUUAAUGAAUUCAUAAGAAACCGAAGAAAAGGAUAUCAAGAAAUGGUCGAUGGGUUAUAUGUUAAAUAUAUGAAUCGAUUAGUUGGUGUCCAACAAGAACAAGCUGCCUAUGUACAGCAACAGCAUCAUCAUAAUUACUAUCAUCCACAACCUCAAUACAUGUAUGCACAGCAUACACAGCAACAGAAAUAUUAUUAUCCGCCGACAGGGAAUAAUCAGGCAUCAUCAUCAUCCAUAGAAGGUUGA